GAAUAAAUGAGAGAAAUCACAUGCUGGUGUCCUCUUUUUUGAAUAAAUGAAAGCACUUGAUGCAAAACUUAUGCAAUUAUCGUAAAAUAUAUAGAUUUCUUCAAUGCCAUUGAUGUACAAUUUCAAAAAUUGUUUCGUGUCUCCCAAUGUAGUAUUGACUGCAUGGGUGUUGGCUGCAUUGUCUUGCAGAUGGCGGAUGGUGUCGCAGGUGUAAUAUUGGAAAAAGCCGAUCCCACACAAUUUCUGCAGUUGCACGGCCGCCCGGUUAAAAUUCAUUUGGAUCCGGCUGUUGCUUUGGCAGGCGACAGCCCGGCUAAUAUGAUGCCUUGGCAGGGUCGUGCUGAUGUGCUGAUAGAUCGGUUUGAUGUACGGGCACAUCUGGACCACAUUCCAGACUACCCAGUGCGCACUGACCCUCCAGAUCCAGAGCAGUUGUCAAGGGAAGACCGACUAGCCAACUAUGAACGUUACCGCAUCAUUGUGCAGAAUGACUUCUUGGGAGUUGGCGAGGAGAAAUUUCUCCAUCAACUGUAUCUGGAGGAACAGUUCGGAGCAAUGCGACCUGGUGAUGAACGUCGCCAACGCGCCCAGCAGCGCCAAGAGGCAGCGGCAGCUCGACAGCAGGCUGCUGGCGCGGCCAUUCCAUACUCGUAUGAAGACGCAGGAGGGGGUGGAGGAGGAGGUGGUGGGUCUUCGAGUAACAAUGUCGCCGGAGGAGAUGAUGCACAGGGAGAGAAGGAAGAGGAGAAAGAGGAGGAGGAAGAGGAAGAUGAUAGUGACAUUGAUUUUGAUUUGUGUGUUGAUGUGACCCAGGUGGGUCCGCAACAGGCUCAUGAGAUGAACACCUUUGGCGCAGCCUAUGGUAUGAGUGGCAAUGAUUUCUACACUUUCUUAACACGUGAUUUAGAGGAGCGGGAGUCUUUGAGGCAGGCAAGGGAACAAGAGGAGGAGAAGGCUAUGUACUCGGGUCGUAAAUCACGCAGAGAAAGGAGAGCUUUUAGGGAGAAACGUCUUCAGGGUCGCAAGAUCAGCCCUCCCAGCUAUGCUGCUCGAACCAGUCCAACUUACGAUGCAUAUCGCAAGUCUCCAAGUCGAUCUCACAGUCGAAGUCGCUCAAAAUCGCCUGCAAAUGCUGGGCAGAUCACAUACAUCACCAGCUUUGGAGGAGAUGAGGAUGAACAGCCAACUACUGCUAGCACCAUUGCUGGUGUUGGUAGAGGCCAGCCGGCAGCUUCUCCAGCCAUCCCAGCCAACACUGCUCCACCACGAGCUGCAAGGGGGAAGUCUCCACCUGGCAGGAAUUCACGUCGAUGGAAUCGUGACAGGGAUGAAUCCAGCUCGCCAACUAACACAAACAGGCAUUACCAUAGUGGUUACAGCCGAAGACGGUCUAGGUCUCGUUCACGGUCAAGGUCUCGAUCGCGAUCACGCUCUCGCCGAAAUAGGCACCGUCAUCGUCACCGCCGCGGCUCAUCCUCUUCCUCGUCGAGUAGCUCUUCGAGUUCAAGCAGCUCUCCUACAAGCCGGCGAACACCGUCAUCGUCUACGUCGAGUAGUUCAUAUCGUCGUGAACUUCCUGCCACUGCUGCUGCUACUGCUGCUGCUUCAACUGCAGUGACACCAGUUGCAUCUGGCCCACCUCGCGCUGUUGUUCCAGUGGUGCAACAGCCAAAUGCAGCUGCUUCUCUUGCUGUUCCUAUGAGGUCCAGUCCUCCUUCCAGCCGACUGCCACCACCUCCUGUAAAGAGGUAUUAUGGACGUCGGGGCCGGUCUUCCUCUUUGUCCCUGAGUGACUCAGAUGGGGGUGAGAAGGACAGCUCACAAGCUGGUGAUGUGCGACCUUCCCAGAACAGGACGCUCAGUUCAGGGUUUGGUAAUACUGGUGCCGGAACCAAAGUCAGGGUGUUGGAGAAAGGGCCGAGGGCGGAAGUGCACUCAAAAGCGCCGUGGUUGCAGGGAUCGGGCCCAUCUGGCCCUGCAUCAGCCACUGGAGCGUCGAGUGGAAACCAGACACCUUCUGCAAGCUCCCAGCAGAAGAAAUUUACACCACAGGAGCGGCUUAAGCGGAAGAUGCAAGCACUUUUGAACAGACAAUCCAUGUACAUGGAUGAUGGAGACGAAGAGGAUGGUGAAGAUGGAGGCAUAGAACAUGAUGAUGACGAUGAUGAUGCAGAAGAUGGGGAAGGUGGGGACAGAGUGGAUGGUGGUAACUCUGGAGAGAAUGGACGAAGAGGCCCCCCUCGUCGGUCACGUGGUUCUUCCCGUUCAUCCUCGUCUAGCAGUAGUGCCAGAAGCAGUGCCAGCCGCUCUCCAUCGCCCCCGCCAGCAAGGGCUCCUUAUCCCUCCCACUCGUCGCACUCGUAUCAGCAACACCAUUACCAUCACCAUCAACCUCCACCUGCUCCAUAUAGGCGCAAUAGGUGGGAUCAGUCUGGUAACAGUCGUGGCACAGGUGACCGUUAUUAUGGAGGUCCUCCUCGUUGGAGAGACCGUGAAAGGGAGCGUGAAAGAUCUCGCAGCCCGCCACCAAGGCACAGGCCUCUGGUUGACUAUUAGUGUGUGGCAGUUCAUGCUGCAAUGGCGGCAAUGAUGAGACUGUUGUAUGAAGAACAGAAGAACUGUGCUUGUAAAUGUUGGCCUGUAUAAUUUUUGUAAGCAAAUAAAAUACCCUAUAUCCAAAAGAGAAUUGACAGAGAUUAGUUAUUUGUCUAUAGAUUAGGUCUUAAAACUUUUCCAUCAAAUGUAAAUAUUUGUUAGACUUAUAAUGGGACCAAUGUGAGGAAACUUGAGUUGAAGCUGAGGAUAAGCUGAAGAUUUAUUAAAAAAACAUUUUUUUGUUAAUUUUCGUAACAGAAAAAUUAUAUUGAG